AUGCCUGCUCACCUAUUGAUCACCCGGCCUCCUCCUCCUCUGAUCCCUAUCUCCAUCCAUGCCUACGCCCCCCCUCUUCCCCCUUCUCCUGGCCAUCUCCUUCGAAUCCCCGCAAGCGGUCUAGCCAAGCCCGAUUCCUUGCACCAGGGAGUGCUACUGCCGCUCAUACCAGAUGCCCUUGCGCUCAUCCGCACCACCCCUCUUCCCAGUUGGGCAUUGGUCCUCACCUCCGAUGUCUCCACUGGCCGGCCCGGCACUGGCCUGGCCACUGGGCUCCUCCAGUGUGGCCUUCCACUGUUGGUGUCUCAGGAGCUGGCCGUCACUGGCCCCUCUGAGCCACUCACUAUCUUAUCUGGCACCCUCAAGGAGAUCCACGACUAUAUUCCAGCCAAUUUAUUUGAGCGCAAGACGGGACUCGCGUUCUCUUAUUUUGCACGAGACAUUGCCCUUGCGGGAACUUUCUUCUAUCUCGCGACACACAUUGACACUAUGCUCAAGGCAUACCUGGUCGAUGCCAGCGCAACACCGCUCACUCUAACCGCGGCCAACUGGGCCACUUGGCUGACCUAUUGGUGGUUCCAAGGUCUCAUCCUCACUGGUAUCUGGGUCAUCGGUCACGAGUGCGGACAUGGCGUGUUCUCUGCAAGCCAAAACAUCUCGGAUAUCGUCGGUUUCAUUGCGCACACGUUCCUGUUGAAGCUUGUGAUUGCUACUGGUCGUAUCUCCACUGCGCAAUAUUGUCUGCGACAUUUCCUUCUCACGCCGUACUUCAGCUGGCGCUUUGUCCACCACUGUCACUACUCGCACCAUGCGUCAAUCAAGAACGACAAAGUGUACAUGCCCUGCACGCGGUCAGAUCUCAAACUGCCUGAGCAGAGCGAGGGACUCGAGCUUGAGGAGCUCUUCAGUGACACCCCGCUGUACACCCUGACAAUGCUGAUCAUCCAAGAAUUCAUCACAUUCCCAGCUUACCUCUGUGUGUUCAUGACUGUUGUCAGAGACCAGCUGGCUGACCUUCAUGCAUUGAUUGCAGUGUUCAACGUGUCCGGACAGAAGCGCUACCUGAAGUAUUCCAACCACUUCAACCAUGCGCUUUUCUCUCCUUGUGAUUAUCAUUCGCCCGAGCUGACUGUCGGCCGUGCAGCCAACGCAAUCAUGUUCAACAAAGGACAGGGCACGUACGUUCUACUAUCCACGCUCGGGCUCGUGGUGAUGGGUGUAUUCCUAUACGAUCUUUCGGUCCGCUUUGGGGCGAUGAACAUCGUCAAAUUCUACUGGAUCCCGUGGCUGCUGGUCACGCACUGGUUCAUCAUGAUCACCUAUCUGCAACACACGGACCCAAUCCUCCCGCACUACCGCAAGGGCCAGUGGAACUUUCAGCGUGGAGCCGUGGCUACCGUUGACCGCAACUUCCUCAGCUGGCAGGGCCGCUUCUUCCUCCAUGAUGUGGCACAUUACCACGUCAUCCAUCACUUCUUCCCCAUGAUGCCGUGGUACAGCGGAGCCGAGGUGACCAAGUACCUCAAGGAGAUUCUCGGCCUGCACUACCACCGCUCGAACGACUACAUCUUCAAAGCCCUGUGGUACAACUACAACUUUUGCCAGUUCAUCGAGGACAAAGGUGAUAUCGCCUUCUACCGCAACCGCCAGGGGAAAUUGGCGUUUGACAUCCCCAAGCUCAAGGCCAAUGUACUCAGCAGCUAGUUUACGCAAAUGAAAGUGGCGAGGGAAUCAUAUGUGAUUUGAUGCAGCCGUGCCCCAAUGCUUCCACACCGUCUGCUUUUGUUAUAUUGUUUGUAGUAGAGAAUUUGCAUUCAGUCGCUUGUCACAAU